CCACUUUCCCCGAGAGGCAGACGGGCCGUAAACAUAGGCGCGGCGCGCGCCGCUAUUGUUUGCCGGGCGGCCGGCGGCGGGUUACGUUAUUCGACCGCCUCACCCCCCCGCCUUCGCAAGUUUGGCCCAUGCCGCUUGCCGGAUGGCCCGGCGGGCGCGCGUUUGGGAGAAUCCAAGUCGAGUGCUGGCCACUGCUUGUGUUCUGUGGGACGUGGGCCUCGUUCGAGGCGGACCGCCCAAACUACAAGGGCGGGGAAGAGAGCCGACAGAGGCAGGGCAAGGCCAUGGCGAUGGCCAAGGCGGGCAAUUUUGUCGCGGCACCCGGGGCGGCCGCCCGCUUCCUUGCGUUCGUG